AUGUCGCUCUCCAAAAGCGAGUCCGACGUAAUCCUCAACCGGGCAAACGUCGCCCUAUCCCGCAGUCAACGACUCGUAGCCUCCUGGCUCCCGCAACAAACCAACGAUGAACUAGCAAACUCCAAAACGGACGAGGAACUACAACGAGAAGAAGAUGAGAUUUUCACCGCUACUCGGCGUCGGAGCCCCCUCCCCCAAAAAGCAGCCGACGGAAGCUGGAACCGGACCGAGCUGGGCUCGAAUGAUAAACUGCGCAAACAACUCCUCGGCAAGAACUAUGAUCGUGUUAUGAAGGCUGCUGCGGCUCAGAAGGCUGCUGUUGCUGGUUCGACGACUACGUCUGCGUCUGCGUCUGCUUCUGGGAAUAAUGCUUCCGCGUCUGGUACUGGUGCUGGGGAUGAGGAUGACGAGGAUGAUGACGAGGAUGGGCGGUCCGCUAUGAUUGGGAAGAAGAAGAAUAUGAGGGGGAUUGGGGCUGGUGCUGGGGUGGGUCGUGGGCAGAAGAAGAAGAAGGCUGGUGCGAGUGCUGUGGAGGAUGUUUUUGCUAGUCCUGUUGAUGAUACUGGUGCUGGUGCUGGUUCCGGUACUGAGAAUACAGAACAGAAAGCUGAGGAAGAGAGUGCACCGUCAGAGCCUGCGCCUGCGCCUGCGCGCUCGAAGGGGAGGAAGAAGGCGACGAGUUAUCUGGAUGAACUUCUAGCUGAGCGCGCGAAGAAGAGAAAGAAGAGGUGA